AUGGGCCAUCUCCUGGCUAUGAAAGACAGGCAGACAACUGCUGACAAACUCUUUGAACCUUUAAAAGAGAUGGCUGCACUACUAGAAAGCUAUGGACAGAAGAUGACAGGUGACAUUUGUGCCCAGUUGGAGGUAGAGCCUUGGUUGCAACACCUUGAGGAAACUGCACACAAACCGGUACGUCUCUGCAUCAUGGAGGCAAUACUGGCCUAUGAAGAGAAGCAGAGAGAACAAUACUGUUUUUUUUACCCAGCCCAGACUGAACUCACUGCUUCAUAAAUCUGUUAGGUUUCAGAUGUAGAAGUGGCAUUUGGUAGGGUGGACAAGGGCUUAGCAUCAGCCCCCAAGGAUUGCCACAAGAAGCAGGUCACUUGGAGAAAUGCUCUUAUUACCAUGCUGCUUUGAGAACUUUCCUUGGAUGAUCAUCAAAAAAUCAUGGCCGUUUGCACUGUAGACAUUCAUGCCAGAAAUGUAUUAGCAAGCCUUUGAGCUCAGAAGGUCACCGGUUUCAGAGCUUUUGCUUGGUUGUCAUAGCUACGCCAUAGAUGGGAUGAUGUCCAGAAACACUGUUUCGCCAACAUUAGCGAUGCUGAGUUUCAGUACAUUUUUAAGUACUUGGGAAAUACCCCUUGGCUAGUCAUUACACCUUUGACUGACAGGUGUUACAUUACUCUAACUCAAGCUCUCGACCUGAAAGCGAGUGGUUCUCCUGAAGAACCAGCUGGCAUAGGUAAGACAGAGACCACUGAAGAUUUAGGCUGUGCCCUUGGUAUGAUGGUGUACAUCUUCAGCUGUUCAGAACACAUGGACGACAAGGUGAGAUAGAAUAUCUGUUAAGAUUUGGUCCAGACAGGAGCUUGGGGGUGCUUCGAUGACUUCAGUGGCGCCUUGGUAGUUCAGUCAGUGGUGGUAGUACAAUUAAAGACUAUCCAUGAUACAAUUAGUAACAAGUAAAAGGAAUUUGUAUUUCUUGGUGAAAAUAUUACAUUGAAGUCCACAGUUGGAAUUAUUACCAUGAUCCCCGGAUGUGCAGGUCAGACAGAACUACCUGAAAACCUCCUAGCUCUGUGGAGAACCUGUGGCAUGGCUGUCCCUGACAUUGAACUGAUCUCUGAAAUUACGUUGGUUGCUGAAGGGUUUAUUGAUGCGUGUCUGUUAGCUAGGAAGUUUAUCACCUUGUAACCACUCUGCUGGGAGCUGCUCCCUGAAUAGCACUGUUAUGACUGGUGACUUCAGGCUAUCAAGUCAGUUUUGGUAAUUGCUGGGCCCUUGAAACAAGGAGACAAGAAAUAGUCCUGAGGAUUAGUGCUUAUGGGAAUCUAAAGAGACUUUAAUUUCCCUAAAAUAGUAACAGAUGAUAUCCCAAUUUUCACAGGCCUAAUCAGUGACCUGUUUCCAGCUCUGGAUGUUACUAGGAAGAGGAACCUACAGUUUGAACAGAUGGGUAAACAAUCUACCCUGAAGCUUCAUUUGAAGCCUGAGGAGAGCUUUAUUCUCAAAGCUGUUCAGCUGGAGGAGCUGCUGGCAGUGCAUCACUCUGUGUUUGACGGUGGAAAUGCAGGAAUUGGAAAGAGUAAGGUGCUAAAAGUUCUGCUCCACGUGUAUGUGAACAUGAAAGAAAUACCUGUUUGGAAUGAUCUUAACUCAAAAGUCCUGACAACUGAUGAACUGUUUGGCUUUAUACAAUGUGGAAGACCAAGUGUAGCUGCAGCCUUGGCUCAUCUAUUGCUAUUUUUCAAAUGCAGAGCAGACCCUUGUUGCGAGCCAGUGAAAGCACGGGAACUGCUGAGUAAUAUGCUUCCUAGGAACUCCUCAAGCUACAAUAAACUGCAUGCCUCUAUGCACCUAGUCUUGUUUGAGGGUGCCAUGCAGCAUGUGUGCCAAAUCACUCAUUUCCUUGAAUUCCCUAGGGGUUGUGCACUUCUGAUUGGAGUAGGUGGUAAACUGAGCUUGUCAAGGCUGGCAGCAUACAUCUGCUCCCUAGAGCUUUUCCAAAUCACACAGAAGAAAGAUUACGGGAUGCAGGACCUCAGGGUAGAUCUUGCCAGUUUGUACAUCAAGACUGGUGCCAAGAACAUGCCAACAGUGUUUUUGCUGACAGAUGCCCAAGUUCCAGAUGAACGCUUUUUUGUGCUGAUUAAUGACUUGUUGGCAUCAGGAGAGCUUCCAGAUCUGUUCAGUGAUGAAGGCUUGAAGGUCAUAGUUGCAGGAGUUAGAAAAGUCUGAGCCCUGCGUCUGAUGGACACCAGAGAGCACUGCUGGAGGUUCGUCUUGAAUAAUCUUAGAAAGUGGCUACUAAUUGUUCUGUGUUUCUUUCCAGCCAGUGCCGCCCUAUGAGCAUGAGCUCGGAAGUUCCCAGCCAUGGUUAAGCGCCCUGCUAUUGACUGGUUUCAGGAGUGGCCACGGGAGGCCCUUUGCUCUGGCAGCAGGAGGUUCAUUGAGGAAGCUGAGGGGGUCGAGGUGUAUCAUGAGGCAGAACCAAAAUGUUGGGCGCUGGCUCAGGCUCACACUGAAUUAGCAGCAGCUACAGAAAAACUGGAAGCCGUCAGGAAAAAGCUUCUUAAGGUUCCUUUUCCUGUGAUGGAGGGCCUGGACCCAAUUGCCACAUUGACGGAUGAUGCUACGAUUGCAGCAUGGAGUAACGAGAGACUGCCUGGUGAUAGGAUGCCAACAGAAAAUGCCACUUCUCUAAGAAACUGCGAGUGCUGACCUCUGAUGAUAGAUCCCCAGCAACAGGGAAUUAAAUGGAUAAAGAAUACAUGCGGAGCUGACCUUAUCAUACGUCUAGGACAGAAAGGUUUUCUGAAGACUAUUGAAAGAGCUUUGGCUUUUGAUGAGACUGUACUAAUUGAAAACAUGGGUGAAUCUAUUGAUCCCAUACUUGAUCCCCUGCUUGGAAGACAUAUAGUUAAAAAGGGAAGGUACGUAUACAUAGGAAGAAAAAAAUGUGAAUUCAACAAGAAUUUCCAUCUCAUCCUUCACACUAAGCUGGCUAACACUCACUACAAGCGAGAACUGCAGGCUCAGGCCACCCUCAUUAAUUUCUCUGUCACUGAGGACAGGCUGGAAGACCAGCUGUUGGCUGAGGUUGUUAGUCCUGAAAGGCAAGACUUAGAAAAACAUAAGUGUUUUCAUUCCCUCUGCUAAUCGGUCCUGGCCAAGCAGCAGAAUGGUUUCACGAAUGAGCUCCAGCAGCUGGAGGAUGACAUGCUGCUCAGGCUGUCAGCUGCCUGAGGCAAUCUCUUAGAUGACAGUGCACUUGUAAAGAAAAUCAAAUCAACAAAGUCAACUUCAGCAGAAAUACAACACAAGGUAAUUGAAGCCAAAGAAAAUGAAGCUCAGAUUAACAUGACAAGGGAGCACUACAGACCAAUAGCCGUAAGAGCAUCCAUUCCUUACUCUGUCCAUAUCAGCCCGGGCAGCAUCAACCCCAUCUACCAGUUUUUGCUUUCAGGCCUUCAAUGUGUUUUCCACAAAGCAAUUAAAUAGGCUGAAAUAUCAGGGGAUAUUCAAUGUUGUAUCUCUAACCUGAGAAAAGUUGUCACAUAUUCAACCUUUCUUUUCACAAGCCAAGGACUUUUUGAAAAAGAGAACCUCAUUUUUCUGGCCCAAACAGUUUUUGAUACCCUUGAGCUGUGUACCAGAGAACGGAAAUUUAAAAGCAUCCUUUAUCUUCUGUGCAAUUUUCACAGUUGCGUUGUUGGGAGACUGGAGUUUGGCCCUCAGGGCUGGAACGGAAGGCAGCGGUUCAGCACCAGAGAUCUCUACGUCUGUGUCACUGUCCUCUGCAACUAUUUGGAGGCCCAUGUGAAGGUCCUAUGGGAAGACUUUCAUUACCUCUUUGGUGAGAUCAUACAGAGUGACCACAAUACCUGGGACCACAGGCUCUGCUCUGUACACCUGCAAGAACUCAUCAGACCACUUGUGCUUGAAGGGGAACCGGCACUAGGUUUCUUGGCCCCACCAAAUCUAGAUUGUGAUGGAUACCAUAAAUACAUAGAUUAAAUUCUUGCAUCUGAAAGCCCUGUACUAUAUGGACUGCACUCCGAUGCUGAGAUGAGAUUCUUGACGACAGUAUCAGAUAAUUUCUUCAAAACUCUUUCAAAAAUGCAACCUAUGGAUACAUUUGUAGGAGAGGGAUCAGGUUAGUCUGCAGAGAAAGAUUUAAAGAAUGUCCUGGAUGAUAUUCUGGAGAUACUUCUUGAGAAAUUUAAUGUCAUGCAGAAGACUACUGCCUGGAGCCCCUGUGCCCUUGUUUGCCUUCAAGAGUAUAGGAGGAGGAAACCUUGUCCUUUCAGAGAUCUGUAG